UUUAAUUUAAUUAAAUUUUAUACACUGCAGUCAAGUGCAAAUUUAAGUGAAUUGUGUCGAAAACAAAGUGAUAUUUAUUAUAAUAGUUUGGUUUACAAAAAUGAAUUGUGGUCCAAAAAAAUGAUUGAUGCAUCAUCAAAAAUGCAAUCUGGAUUUUUAUCUGGAAAUUUUGCAGAUAUGGGUCAAUUCGAUCAAUGUUUAGCUAUUAACUAUAAAGUUGACUCGAUACAUGGUAAAUUUUGUUAUACAAAAAUAAAAAUACCUUUAUCCAAACAACAUGAAUUUUGGGAAACUGAUAUUCAAAAUAUUAAACCAAAAAUAACAAAUGCUGUUCAACUGUUCAUAGCCCCAAGAUGGGGUGAGAUGAAUGUUCUCACUUCUCGAUGGUCCUUUUGUGUUCCAAGUGGAUGUACAGCUGAAGAUGUUAAGUCACAUUUAAAUUCAUAUUUUAAAUUACCAAGUAAUCCGAUUAUACCGGAUCUAAAAAUAUUUAAUGUUGCUGAAGAAGAUUGCCAUAGUUUAGACUCUGCAUCAAAGCUCAAUGGUGGCGACUGGACCGUAUUGGUAAUAUUUAUUGGAAUAGCUUGUUUUGUUUUAUGCAGUACAAUUUAUGAUGUUUACCUACAUUACACGGAAAAGGAAUCCACACAAAAAAUCUUGAUUGCCUUUUCAUGGUUCUCCAAUUUUAAAUCUUUAAUACGAAUAAAUAAAAAUUCUGAUCAGUUACCAUGUUUAAAUGGUAUUCGAUUCUUAAGCAUUUUAUGGAUUAUGCAUGGGCAUGAACUUUUAACAUUUAUGGGGAAAGAAAUAGUAAACCAAAACGAAAUAUUCCAGUGGGCACAAAAUCUAUGGUCUUGGUUUACGAUUGGAAGCAGUGUAUCAGUGGACUCAUUUUUCGUUUUGAGUGGUUGUUUAUUAAUGUAUGGAUUUUUAAAAUCACAAGCCAAAAAUGUACCUUUUAAUGUUCCGUUAAUGUAUUUUCAUCGUUACGUAAGAUUAACACCCGCAUACUUGGCUGUUAUUUUAAUUUACUUAACGUUAUUAACACAUAUGGGUUCAGGACCAAUUUGGAAUGAAACUAUUGACGGCUUACACACCACAUGUCAAAAAUAUUGGUGGUCUGGGAUAUUAUACAUACAGAAUUAUGUGAGCGCCAAUGACAACUGUGUUGCGCAAACUUGGUAUUUAUCUGUUGAUAUGCAGUUGUUCAUAGUUUCACCACUUAUUUUAUUAAGUGUUAAAUAUUGGCCUAAAUAUGUGCCGUAUUUAUUUCCUGCAUUAAUUGUAAUUUUCACAAUAAUACCAACUAUCAUUGCAUGGCAGUAUGACUUAGGUCUAAUGUUGGGUGGUGGAACAGAUUUCGCGCAUUAUUAUGCUGCAACAUAUUCGCGCGCUGGUCCAUGGAUAAUAGGACUUUUUUUGGGAUACAUUUUAUAUAAUACAAAAAAUAAAGUUAUUCGAAUAAAUCGAAUUUUCGUUGCUUUAUUAUGGCUUCUUACUGCUGUUGUAAUGCUGUUUAUUGUAUUUGGCAAUUAUAAAACAUUGCGAAGUGAUUAUGUAAAGCACGAAUCUUAUGAGACGAUGUUCAUUGGAUUACAUCGUAAUAUUUGGGGUCUUGCUCUUAGCUGGAUAAUUUUCGCAUGUAUGCAUGGAUAUGGAGGUCCAGUAAAUUGGUUUUUAUCGUUAUCUAUGUUCCAAGUGUUCGCUAAACUUUCAUAUUCAGUAUAUUUACUACAUUUUGGUAUACAAAUGAUUCGUACUGGAAAUAAUCGAGUAAAUUCAUAUUUUUCAGACAUGUCGUUGUUAUUUUCAUUUUUUGGAACAACUUGUAUAACAUUGCUAGUGGCAAUGAUAUGGGUUCUAACAUUUGAAUAUCCUUUCGCUGUUAUCGAUAAUCUCAUUAUCGGUUCAGUAAGUGGAAUGUUAACAAAAAGAUCUGGUAAACAAGAGCUGAAAUAAUGAAAGAAAUCAC